AUGGAUACGAGUGAGACACUAGUUUCACCUACUACUGAGACUGGGUCUCAAAGCCAUUCGGCCGGGGAUGACGCACUAUCCCAGGCCAUGUUGAGGAUUUUGGAGAGGAUCGCUGGACCCCAUUCUAGAGUCGGAGGCCGAGGCGGUGUCACUAGAGUCACCCCUAAUGUGGCUGGGUAUUGGUUGGAGGACAUUGAGAGGAUCAUGAAUGAUCUAGACUGUACUCCCGAGAAAAACUUUAAGGGUGCAGUCUCUCUGCUUCACAAUGAGGCUUUCCAAUGGUGGCUGAGGGUUGAGGAGGGUACUCAGCCUGAUCGUCUGAGUUGGGAUUUAUUUAAGACCACUUUUCAGAGUAAUUAUGUGGGGCCUAGCUAUGUGGAUGCUCAUAGGCAUGAGUUCAUGAAUCUCAUGCAGGGAGAUAGAUCUGUGGCUGAGUAUGAGACUGAGUUUUUUAGGCUGAGCCACUACACUCGAGGCAUGGUAGAGCAGGUGAGGAUCGCCGAGGAUGUUAAGCGCAUGGAGCACCAGAAUAGGGAUCAUGAGAGGGGUAAGAACAAAAGAGAUUCGGAGCCCUCUAGUUCUAUUCAGAUGCCUAAGGAAAAGGCCAGACCUGAUAGUCCUAUUAGAGUGGGGGCUCUUGUUAUUCCUACUAUGUUACAACCAUGCAGUGAUUGUGGUACGCACCAUUCGGGCGAGUGUUGGAGGAGGAUUGGGGCUUGUCUGAGGUGUGGGUCAUUAGAACACCGUAUUAGAGAGUGUCCACAGAGGGCUGAUCAGAUACAAGAUACGAGACCGGGUUUUGGACAGUCUCAGAGGGUAGUUCAGUAG